AUGGACGCUUUCACAGGGACCGUAAAACCGCUGUUGCAACCGCUCACUGCGAAAUCGCUCACUAUCCAUGGCCUCGUGAAGGACUAUAGCGGCAAAGCUGCUGCUCUCAGAAUGCCGAGAGAGAUUUCACAUCUGCGACAGUGGUAUACGGCGGCUGUGUCCUAUGAAUCCGAGCCCAAGGAUCUUAGUCCGCCAGAUUCCCCGUCCAUACUCUCACCCGACAGCCAUCUCGAUCUUCAUCUGCAUGUUGGCGAAGUCUUGCGUGACGGGGAGAGCCACACUAUCUACAGGGUCUGUCAUGGGGUGUCGCAUGAACCCUCUGAGGCGGCCUACAGUUUUCCGCCCAUGGUGAUCAAGGUCUCCGCGGAAUUAGAAGGCCAGCAUCUGGCGGAAGAGGCAGCGAUGUACGACUAUCUGCACUCUUUGCAAGGCGUCGUCAUUCCGCACUGUUAUGGCUACUUCCGGUGCUUCGUCAACCUCCUCGAGCACGUCGUCAUCCCGUGGGCCCCGGAGUGCACGUUCCCGCGGGAUAAGAAAACGAUCAACAUGUUCAGGAUGCCCAAUCAAAUGGCGAGCUUGAACGUCCUGCUGUUGGAGGAUGUAGGCGAACCUCUUCCAUUGUAUUCGACCCCCCAGCAACUCAAAGAGCUCGAGCAGGACUUAUUCGACAUGAGCAAGGAGCUGUGCCAACUGCAGGUUGACUAUACCGAUUGGGAGUGUUCCAACAUCGUUCGCGCGUACGAGCAGCCUAAAGCCAUCGCCGGCCUUCCAUCUUCCAGGAACAACCGCACCUACAAAUACCGCAUCAUCGAUUUCGAGACGGCUUGUACAACUGAGGCAAUCCGCCCGGAGGCGAUCCACAAGAGGUGUAGGUCCUUCUAUAACGAAAUUAUCGCGAAAGUCCGGAACAGCAGUAUACAGUUUAUGGGCUAG